AGUCGCUUAUAGGAUUCUAGUUAUUAUUUUUUUUUCUUUCUUUUACCCUUUAGAAAAGUCAUUUGCGAUCCAGGCCUGUUUGAGAGAGCCCCGUCUCUGUCGAUCCUUUCUCAUACUCCAGUCUGAGUGUCGAUAAUGGAUCGUUAGGAGUUUACAUACCUACUUACGCUGUCUUUCUCCAACUUUCUUUUCGUCUUUGAAUUCUUCUUUUCUUGUUCUUCGUGUUGAACUUCUAGAUUAGACGGAUUUGUUGACAUUUGACAUAGUUGUCUGCGAGCGUGUACUCCCUUACAUAUCCAUCUUAUUUUCAUACUUAUUAUUUCUUAUUACAACCUAUCAUCGCAGUUCGUAAUGACAAGCUGAUGAAGCCCUAAUCCGAAUCGAGGAACAUCGUCACGCCCCCCCCCUGGCUUAUAACUACACUAUUUCGGCGAGAUACAUCCUCCUUCAGCACUGCGCUCAGCAGUUUUUCCGCUGUCCCCAGCUUUGCACGCGACUUUCCUAGUUGGUUGUCGGAACCCGAUCCUUUUCAGCUGUGCGCCUUUGCAGCCGAUUUCAAUUCUCGACAGAUGCUCUCGUGAGCAGUACGAUUCUUUUUGUUUUCAAGGAGCGCAAAUAUGUCUAGUCUUAUGAGCAAACGUCAGCAGGCGCGCAACGAGAAGGCCUUACAAGAUCUUGUACAAACCGUUCCAGGAAACAAUGUUUGCGUCGAUUGUCAAGCAAGAAAUCCAGCUUGGGCAUCAUGGAACUUGGGCGUGUUUCUGUGCAUGCGAUGCGCCACAAUCCAUCGCAAGUUGGGCACACACAUCUCGAAGGUCAAGUCGCUGAGCAUGGAUAGUUGGACCAACGAGCAAGUCGAGACUAUGAAACGAGUGGGAAAUGUUGCAUCCAACAAAAUCUACAAUCCCCAGAACAAGAAGCCACCGGUACCUAUCGACGUUGACGAAGCUGACUCUUCCAUGGAACGUUUCAUUCGUGCAAAGUAUGUACAAGCAGCGGUUAAUGGGACAAAAAAGCACAAUACGGGAAGUUCAGACGAAGGCACUCCGCCACCUCUACCACCCAAAACUGGCAGUCGUUUCUUUUCCUUUCGGUCCAAGAAGGAUUCUCGUGGACGCGACACCACACAUGGCUCACACGACCACCCGCACAGUCCCGAGCAGAACCGCAACAAGGCUUCUAAAGUAUUUGGGGCCAGUGUGCAUCAGCAUCCGCAAGAUUCCCCCGAGGCUAUGGCACAGAAGUUAACACAGCUGAGGGAUAUGGGAUUCACAGACGAUAAGCGAAACGCCAUGAUUUUGAAGGGUGUUAAUGGGAGCUUGGAAAAGACUAUAGAAGCAUUGGUUCGGUUGGGAGAAGGUGGAGGGUCUUCAUUACCUGUGCCAUCUCGUGAGAGCUCUCUACCUGCGACUUCUCGGUCAUUGACACCACAACCUGUCUCGCCACGGCCUACCAUUGGGCUAUCCAAGUCCAGUCCAUCACAGGCACCACGUCCAGCUAGUCAAGCAUCAAAUAACCCUUGGGACAUCCAACCGGCGCGGCCCCAGUCUACGCAAUCGACAGGAACUCUGCAGAACAAGAAUCCCUUCUAUGCCUCCAACCCAUUUGACAUGCCGAAUCAGCAGGCUGAGUUCAAUCUAAACCAGAGCCUACAGAACUUGUCUUUGGCACCGUUCCAGCAGCCGCUUUUCCCGCAUCAUACUGGUGGAUUGCCAUCGUCUCAACCCAUGACACAGUCCUUUUACCAGGCGCCGAUGACUCCACCGAUCGCCCAGACCCAAAACUAUUCAUCAUUCCCUUUUAAUAAUAAUAAUCAAACGUACCCUCCACCAAUGGCGCAACCAUCGCAAAGCUACAACCCAUUCUUGCAGGCCCCUGCUCCCGCAGCGCCACAGGCUUCGUUGUCUUUGAAUACCUCGCCUUUCUCAAGUCAGGGGUCUUUUGGUAAUAACCCUUUUACCAAAUCGCCAACACGAUUGACAUCACCUACUCUGAAUCAAAUCCCAGAGCAGUCACAGCAAAAUUUCUAUAGUAAACCUCAAUCGUCAUAUGGCAGCAAUCCGUUUUUUGCGAUGAACCAGAACCAAAACCAAUCUCUGCAGCCAUCACCCUCGGCCCCUCAGCUUCAGCCCACCCAACAGGCCUGGUAUGAGCUCCAGCAGCCCGCUCAAGCUACACCUCAGCCAGAAUAUCAGCAAGCCCAGCAGGCAUACCAGCAGCCUCAGCAGGCAUACCAACAGCCCCAGCAGGCGUACCAACAACCUCAACAGGCAUAUCAACAGACCCAGCAAGGACAUCAACAGCCUCAACAGGGAUAUCAACAAUCCCAGCCGGGAUAUCAGCAACCUCAAAGAGCCGAUACAGCUUCUAUCAUGGCUUUGUUCAACUAUCCCCACCUAGCUCCGGCCCAAUCACAAAUCCAAGAUCAGAACGCAGUUAGCGUGGGAACGAGUCAAACAGUACCUGUGUCAACUCAAGCGCAGGCACCCCCACCACAGCCAGCAUCGUCUCCUUUCGCAGGAAAUAAUAACCCAUUUCUCAGUAACGGAGCAUCCCCCAAUCCCGCCCCAGCCACAGCUCUGGGACUAAGUCCAUUCGCCCCUACUGGCAACCCUAAUGGCACUCCCUCGGGUGCCAGAAGCCGAGAGAGCAUGACGCUAGGUAUGGAGAUGGCGUGGAACAAUGGCCGACACAGUCCAGAUGCAUUUGCGAGCCUGAGUGCGAGAAGCAGUUAA